AUGGGACUGCUCUACUACUUUGAGACCACCAUUGACUUCCAUGGAGAACACUCGCAGAAUGUGUUUCGAAAAUGGCUUAAUAUAGCCGAGGAGUUUAUUGCAUAUCCAUCGAAAACGACGGGAGUGGAAAUCAAGCAGCUCUGGAAGGUAAUUAACAAAAGCGCAGAGUUUCGACAACCGAGCAAUUUUAUAGCAUGCAGAAGCUCGGAAAAUUUGUACAUUGCUGAGAACCAAAAUAAUUUUUAGAAUCGCUUGACAUUUCUCAACAAACAUCUGAUACUCUUGACAAGUUUUAAAGAACCUUUCAGUAGAAAUUCAGUGAAAAUUUCAGACUGUCAAGCAUUUAGCGACCGCCUUAAUCGGCAUUAAUCAAUAGCUGACAUUGCGGUCACAAAAUGUAAAUUAGCUUAUUACAAUGCCAGACUUACAAAAGGCAACUGAAAUAUUUUCAAUGUCAAAUUAAGUAUAUUUUAACGCCCCUUUCGAUCGGUUCGCGUAGGUUAAGAAUUUGCGAUCCAAAGAAGGGUAAGCCGACGUUCCGUUCAUCCGUGCAAAGUAAGGAAGGCGUCUCGAGCAACGCGAGUUGGUGAGAGAUCUAGCUGGUGGUCAAGCUAGUAAAAUCAAUGCCGUACGCCUCGAAUAUCCUUAUCGUGCACGCUUGUGACGUCAGCAAGCAACUGCCUCGCGCAAAAAAUAUUACCUCCGCGAUUCGAAAGUUCAUGUUCAGUUUGGCCGCGAGUUUUGAGGUUUGCAGGUUUUUCCUUUCCAUCCCCAUCUGAAGUUCAAAAUAGAAAGUAAGUAUGUUAAAGGAUACUCGAUUUUGGAAAACAAUGGACUUCUAAGCGCAACAUAGCCACGUAAUCCUUCACCGUCCUGCUUUAGGUAACGGUCAUGAUAUAUGCGCGUUAUUAACCAAGCGUGGUGUCAUAGAACAAAGCAUGCACUUCAUAUGAUUGUUCGCUAAUGAAGCCUGUCGUGUUAAAAACAACUUUAAAACCUCGGGCACCACUCUUAUUCUUCAUGAUUCCUUAACAAUGUCAGUGUCCCAGAAGAUUGCACGCGCUCAAACGGGAGACGCCCAUUUAACAAAAUAAGGAUGACUUUCUUUUUCAUUUGAUCUUAUAUUUUCAGAUAUGCGGAGAAAAUAAACUGAUAGGAGGUGAGUGCGUUGAAGUGGUCUUUGUCACUUUGUAGCAAAGGGAAACUAUGUCAUGUAUACCUCUUGGCGGCUGGACUUCAUUAUAUCACAAAAAGAUUUAUCAACAGUAACAGAACUAUUUAGAAAAAAAAAGAGUGUCGUGCAAUAGUAAUGCUUUAGCUCAAAGGUUACACUAAAGUUAUUACGCAAGAAAGCUGUGAAAUUAAGUUCUCAGGUCACACAAAACAGACGCUAAAUCGAGUUGCAUUAAAUUACUGUACUCUUCAACCAACCUAACGUCACUGUCACGCAACAUUAUAUUCUCCAACAAGCUUUUUCAAAUGAUUCCUAACUAGUAUUUUUUUAAUUGUAUUUGGCUCUGCUUCGAUUUGUUCUGUUAUUCAUAAACAGUCAGAUUCUGAAAUGAGGGCAAUUUCUGAAUACUGAAUAAUCCUUCUUUGCCUUGAGUGGCUGGAUGAGAUCGAUAUACCACAACCUGUCACAGUUUGUCCUUAAAUGAGAUAAUUUGUUUUUGUCAACUAAGUCGUUUAUCGUGUAAAUUGGUAACCAGACUUUUCGAGCGUUAGCCCUUCGUCUGACGAAUUUAAAUCAUCAACUCGGUUGAUAAAAACCAAAAAAAGAAAACCCCACCGACGCAGCACCACAAUUUUUUUCGGAAACCUACCUCCUAAAUCUGUUCAUUUGUCCUUAAAUAGCUCAGUAAAAUGAAAGGAUAUCUUCGUAAAAAGGGUCUGUCAGGGUUUCACAGCCAGCGAAACACACCUCUACCCGUACUUCUUCUCCUCCUCCUCCUCCCCCCCCACCACCCUUCGCUUUCAGGGUGGUUCAUCUUUCAUCUUAUACAUUGCCAGGAGCCCAUGACGUUACUUAAAAUUAAAAUUUUAUCCUUGCGAAUCUAAUUUCCCUCUUUUAUUUUGUAUCAUUCCAGUUCUCAGUGUGGAGUCACCAGGACAACUGGACAUUUGCUUUGCGACUCUGUUAAAGCAACAAUCAGCGGACGUUCGCAUCACAACCGAGGUGAAACCUUUUAGACCCUAUGAGGAUUUCGCUGGAACUGUUGCCGAGAGAUGUAAUCGGAGCCUGGACGCGACUCAUGUGGAAAGCGUGACCAAAGAGGGAUUGUAUUACUUCCUGUGGUCUCGAGUCGAGUAUAUGGGUAUGUUUAUAUCACAUUAAGAGAUAACGUUUUACUCUUUUCACCAGUCUGUUUGAAGCCAAUAUUUGACCGGUCAUGCGUCACGAAACGCACUUGCAGACGUUCCAAGAAAAUUCAUAUAACACCAGUACAGUGGUUUCUCUGCUCAUGGUGUUUUGUCAAUUCCCUUUAGGUGCUUUAAGAAUGUACAUAAUGGUUGGUUUGCCUCAAAUUUUUUCUCUUAUAAAGAACCGUCCAUGUACCUCUGUGAUCUACCCAGCGCUGCACCUGUUGUCCUCUUAUUCAGACUGAAAGGACCUAAAAUCGGGGCUAUCCACAAUAUGCUCUAAAGUGUUAAAAAGAUACUCGAAUUUACCGAGAAUGUUGCGCAAAAUUGUUUAAAUACGGAAAGUUUUUCCAGUCACCAUAAUUAACUGCAUUGCCGUUUUUCAUGGUCACUAUUGGAGGUUUGUAAUUAUCUCGUCAAACGAAGACCAAUGAACGUUUUCCAGUGUUCCUUAGCUCGCUCCUAAUGUAUCAAUGUUAUUUUCUCCCACAGAAAAAUCAAUUUCCCUAGAGAAAUUUAUUGAACCAGGAACCGGUUUCUUUUUUCACUGACACUUACGCAUGCGUGUAAUUCAAUUCAUGAGCCACAGGACUACUACCAUUUUCUUUCAUAACAUUUUGCAUGUCACAGGACAGACUUUGUUCGUCGAUUGUAUAGUCCUAUGACUGACUCUUUGUCUCUGAAUCAGGCAUAACGCAACUGGAUCUUUGCAACACUUGGACUGACGAAGCAGUAUGUGCUAUAGAAGCAAAGAAACUAGGAGACAUUGUGGACUUGUGGAAAGUGGUGGCAGAACGACAGGUAAGAAUCAGGCGUCGAGUACUACAAAGUUCAUUUCCAGUCAGUUUCACAAAAGCUUCAAAUUCAAUUUCAUGUCCAAUCGGUGUGCAGAGCUUUUUUUUUUUUUAUAUAAAACCCGCUACCCUGAGUCUUGCAGAGCCUCAGUCGUAGAGCAUCCCUCGGGGGGUCAAAAGUUCAUGUUCGCUUGACUGAACUUGGAUUUUCCCCCUUUUUUUUUUGUCCUUUUUUUUUUUGAUCAGUUUGCUUGUAUCAAUGAUUGAGAAACAUACCAGGAAAAAAAUCCUCUGACAACGAAACAACCCAAUGGACGCAUUUUUUAUUUGAAUGACCGGGCGAACGACACUGAAAGGGCGCAGUGUUGCCUUAAAUACUUAUAAAUUACGUCGAUUAGUUGUAAGGUUUGAGCCUUUCUGUCUAGUUUUUCGGUUUCAAAGUUCAAUCUUUAUGUUCUCAGAUAAAGAGUUCAACAGGGUAUGAAACUCCGCCGAGAUCACUCCUUUUGUCAUGGCAAGUGUCUUCCAGCCUUCUUCUCUGCGGAAUGAUUCGUUGAUUAAGAUCAUUUUUGCACAGUUAAAGCGACUAAACAAAAUCAUGUUUGGGUUUUUUUUCCCCGGGAGAGUUUUCCGGUUGAAUUAAGUUUCUGUUUUUGAACAACAAGCAGAGCAUACCUCCCAGUCUGGACAACAGGCUCAACUCACGGAGAAAAUUCAAUCGUCAUCUUGGCAUUGAUUAUGACUGAAGUGUUGACAUCCAAAGCGGAAGCCAUCAUCAGAGUCGCCGACCCAGCUGUCUUUUCUCAUUUCAUUUAAAAAACCGUAGGACUAACCCCCCCCCCCCCCAACACCUCUUAUGCUCCAGUUUUCUUUCAUUCCUCUCUCGUCAUCUCAACGUAUUUGAUCAUCUCUAAAUUCAUGUUAUCAAACAUCCUACAGGUUUGGGUGAUUGUGCGCAUGAACAGCCUGAAGGACGCGGAUGAGCUUCUUACAUUUGAUCUUCCGAUCUUAAAGAAAAUGGGAGCUCAGGUGUACACCAAGUGCAAGUCUAUACGGCCAGUCAACCAUUGGAUCGAAGAUCUUCAGACACUGGUUUAA